AUGGCGUCUCUGCCGCAGAUACUCAGGAUCCCCUCGCUCGAUAGCACCAUCGGCGCGGUGCUUCUCGGGGCGAUCUUUGGCUCCAUGCUGUAUGGACUGACAGUACACCAGACGUACAGAUAUUUCAAACUCUACCCGAAGGAUAGACUAUUUCUGAAAUCGCUAGUACUUACAAUCCUUAUCUUCGAGACGCUACAUACAGCGGUGUGGAUUAUCGUCAUCUACCGGUAUGCUAUCACGGACGCCUUCAACCUGGUCAACAUCCUUCGUAGCCACUGGUCCAUACCGCUCACUUUCCUGAUAACUGGCCUUGCCGUCUUUGCAUGUCAAACUUUUUACGUGUAUCGUGUAUUCCGCCUGGAUCCUCGCCAUCGGUGGCUUGUUAUCGGGCCGGCGGUCAUAGCGAUGUUUGGCGGACUAGGUUUUGCACUUGCUGCAGGGAUCGAAGUCUUCUUGGCUGCGCCUUUCAUCGUCGAUCUUCAGAAAUUCAGCUGGCUUGUGUCUUCAGCAUACGGAUUCGAUGUUGUGACGGACGUCAUCUUAACAAGCACGCUCGUAGUCGCUCUCCAUAAAAUGCGUACUGGGUUCGAGCAGACAGACUCUGUUGUGGAUACUCUGAUUAUGUAUGCGAUCAAUACCGGUUUGCUGACAAGCAUCAUCAGCAUCAUCGCUUUUAUCUUCGCCAUUGUGAUCCCAGGAAAUCUGAUCUAUGCCGCUGUCAGCAUUGUAGGCUCUAAAUUGUACGCCAACUCCGUGCUAGCUGCCCUGAACUCCCGACAAUCGGUCGGUAACCGGCUCCAGGAGGAUAACACCAUUGUCUUCAAUCGCGAGGCUUUUUCGACCAGCGUACUCUCCACGCGGCCGCUGCAUAGGAUGGAUCCCGACUCUGUGGUGUACAGCCUUCGCGAGUUUCUCAUUGACGGGGUUCCGCGGAUUCUGGCGGUGCCGCAGCCUUCAGUGGACUCGUAUCCAACGAUGUCGCGCCAGAUGCACGCGGAGGAGCACCAUGAGAAGCUAAUGCAAGAAGAGUAG